AUGAUGCGAGGACCUAAAUACAAACUGCAAAAUAUUCAGGAGCUUUGUAGAUCAAACUUUGAUGACGAUGAAGAUCCAGAAGUAGAUCAGGAUGUUAGAGUUGAUAAGUUUGGAAACCCAAUCAAUAAAAAAUUAAAGUUUCACAUCUGCUUCAGAGACGAAAUCAUCCCUUCUCAAUAAGUGUGUGAUAUUCACAUCGUGGAAAAUUGGAAACUCUAUAAUCUUAUUGAAGAGAAAGAGGAGUCCGAUCCUUGCUGUAAACAAUUUUGUUAGAUUAUAUGA